AUGGCGUUGCAGAACAUUGGUGCUUCAAACAGUGACGAUGCCUUCUACAGGUAUAAGAUGCCUAGAAUGGUUACCAAGAUUGAGGGCAGAGGAAAUGGCAUCAAGACUAAUAUAGUCAACAUGGUUGACAUUGCAAAGGCUUUGGCUCGGCCUGCUUCUUAUACUACCAAGUACUUUGGUUGUGAGCUUGGUGCUCAAUCAAAAUUUGAUGAGAAAACUGGUAUUGCUUUAGUGAAUGGCUCACAUGAAACUGCAAAACUUGCUGGACUUCUGGAAAUCUUCAUAAAAAAGUAUGUUCAGUGCUAUGGCUGUGGGAAUCCAGAGACUGAGAUACUCAUCACCAAAAGUCAGAUGCUCCAACUCAAGUGUGCUGCCUGUGGAUUUAUUUCUGAUGUGGAUAUGAGAGACAAGCUGACCACUUUCAUUUUGAAGAACCCACCGGAAUCAAAAAAGGGAUCGAAGGACAAGAAAGCAAUGAGGAGAGCUGAGAAGGAACGACUAAAGGAAGGUGAGGCUGCAGAUGAGGAGUUGAAGAAAGUGAAGAAGGAUGUCAAGAAGAAGGGCUCAACUACUACCUCAAAGGAUGGAGCCAAGGCUGGAAGUACAAAGAAGAAGGCAAGUGGAUCUGAUGAAGAGCGCGUGUCACCUACACAUAGUCAGGUUGAUGAGAAGGAAGAGCACGAUGAUGAUGGUGAUGAUGAUGACGAUGUUCAGUGGCACACUGAUACAUCUGCAGAGGCAGCUCGUCAGCGCAUCCAGGAGCAAUUGAGUGCUGCUACUGCUGAAAUGGUUAUGCUUGCUACCAUUGAUACCGAAAAGAAGGCCAAGGAAACUGCAAAAGCUAAUGGCAGCAGCCCAAAAGGUGCUGUUUCUCCUAAAGCUGAGGAGAAAUCCAAAGAGAACGGGAAGACGAUUUCUACCACUACUCUAACCAGUGAGUUAAAAGAAAGCAUUGGUAAAGGAGUCUCUGCAAGCCAGUUGCCUGGUCUUCUGGAUUCACUUCCUGGUUCAGGUCAGGAAAAGAUGGAUACUUUAUUUAUGGCAUUGUUCGAGGGUGUUGAGAAGGGGCUUGCGAAGGAAGUUGUCAAGAAGAAGAAAUAUCUGGCUGCUGCCAUUGCAGCCCAAGGUGGAGAUUCUCAGUUGCUUCUACUUGGUUCCAUCCAGGGUUUCUUUGAGAAAUCUGGUGCAGGGAAGGAGGUGGCUCUUGUUCUAAAAGCUCUCUAUGACGCUGAUGUUCUGGAGGAGGAGCACAUUCUGCAGUGGUACGGGAAUCUCAAAGGAGCCAACAAGGAUUCUAAGAUCGUGAAGAGCGCUGAGCCAUUCAUUGAUUGGCUCCAGAAUGCUGAAUCGGAGACCGAAGAGGAAUGA